AUGGCGUCCUCAUACCAACGCUCUUCACACCAGUACUCCUCGUCCCAGACCUUCAGCGAAAAGUACGACGACGGCCUGGCUCGCCCGGCCACCUCCCGCCGCAACACGCGCCUUAGGAGCAGCGACGGCACCGUCAGCACCACGAUGAGCUCCUCCACAGGGCGCGAGAGCGCCGCAACCCACGUCACCGAAGGCCCGGCCUAUUCUAAGAAGAUUGUCGUCGUCGGCGACGGCGGCUGCGGCAAGACUUGCCUGCUCAUCAGCUACAGCCAAGGCUACUUUCCAGAGAAAUACGUCCCCACCGUCUUCGAAAACUACAUCACCUACCCGACGCACCCGCCGUCUGGCAAGACCGUCGAGCUGGCGCUGUGGGACACGGCCGGACAGGAGGAGUACGACCGGCUGCGACCGCUCUCCUACCCCGAGACGGACCUGAUAUUCGUCUGUUUUGCGAUUGACUGUCCCAACUCUCUAGAAAACGUCAUGGACAAGUGGUACCCCGAAGUCCUCCACUUCUGCCCCUAUACCCCUCUGGUCCUCGUGGGCCUCAAGUCCGACCUUCGCUUUAAGAAGACGUGCAUCGACAUGCUCAAGACACAAGGCCUCACUCCCGUGACCCAGGAGCAGGGCCGCGCCGUCGCGCGAAAGAUGGGCGCUCAGUACAUGGAGUGCAGCAGCAAGGAAAUGACGGGUGUCGACGAGAUCUUUGAGCAGGCCAUCCUGACGGUUGUCGCUAAUGACCGGAAAAACCUCGAGGCCCAGGCCGCCGUCUCGUCGUCACAUGGCGGCGCUCCGGGAAGCAGCGCCGGCAUCCCCGGCGUGGGCCCUCUUAAGAAGAAGAAGAAGAGGAAUUGCAAGAUCCUCUGA